AUGAAGCCUGGCCCCCGGCCCUUCAUCUGUGGUGACUGUGGUCAGAGCUUCAAACAGAGCGCCACUCUCAUCCAGCAUUGCCGCACCCACAGCGGUGAGAGGCCGUACAGCUGCGCUGAGUGUGGCAAGACCUUCACUCACAAGUCUGCCCUCACCCAGCACCGCAGUGUGCACAGCACUAAGUCCUUCACCUGCAGGGACUGUGGCAAGAGCUUCAAACACAGCUCCAGUCUCACCAUCCACCGCCGCAUCCACACUGGAGAGCAUCUGUUCCCCUGUGCUGAGUGCGGCAAGAGCUUCACCACGAGCACUCUAUAUAUCCGGCACCAACUCAUCCACAGCGGUGAGAAGCCCUACAGCUGUGCCGACUGUGGCAAGAGCUUCACCGAGAGGGGUAACCUCAGCCUGCACCGUCGUGUGCACACUGGCAAGUCAUUCAGCUGUGCUGAGUGCGGCAAGGCCUUCAGACAUAGGAGCAUGCUCAUUCACCACCGUCGCACCCACACCGGUGAGAAGCAUUUCACCUGUGCAGACUGUGGGAGGAGCUUCAGAGACAGGCGCCAGCUCAUUGUUCACCGCCGCACCCACACCGGUGAGAGACCGUUCACCUGUGCUGACUGUGGCACGAGCUUCAGUCAAAGGGGCCAUCUCAUUGGUCACCACCGCACUCACACCGGUGAGAAACCGUUCACCUGUGCUGAUUGUGGGAAGAGCUUCAGCCGCAGUGAUCAUCUCCUUGGUCACCGCCGCACCCACACAGUUGAGAAGCCGUUCACCUGUGCUGACUGUGGCAAGAGCUUCAGCCGCAGGGACCAACUGAUUGUUCACCACCGCACCCACACCGGUGAGAAACCUUUCACCUGUGCUGACUGUGGCAAGAGCUUCAGAGACAGGGGCUCUCUCAUUGUUCACUGGCACACCCACACCGAUGAGAGACCGUUCACCUGUGCUGACUGUGGCAAGAGGUUCAGCCGCAGGGGCCAUCUCAUUGGUCACCGCCGCACCCACACUGGUGAGAAGCCGUUCACUUGUGCUGACUGUGGGAAGAGUUUCAGCCGUAGUGAUCAUCUCAUUUCUCACCGCCGCACCCACACUGGUGAGAAGCCGUACACCUGUGCUGACUGUGGCAAGAGCUUCAGCCACAGGCACAAUCUCAUUUCCCACCGCCGCACCCACACCGCUGAGAGGCCCUUCGCUUGUGCUGAUUGCGGUAAAAGCUUCACCCAGAAGGGAUCCCUCAACAAGCACCGCUGCACCCACAGCAGAGAGUAG